AUGCAAAUCAACAUUAAACCUCAGACUGCUCGCGUGGGAAACGUCGAAAUCCACGACCUUUUCCGCGUUACAGAACUCGAUUCUGGCCUGAUUACAGGACCAAAUGAACAUCGAAGCCUUGCUGAUGGCACCUCAGACAUCUCCUUGUCUCACACCGCACUUCACGCCAUUGAGAUGCAACUUGCUAUCGUAGUUCCGUGCAUGAACGAAGAGCGCUCCAUUCUUGAGGGCGUGUUGCGCGGCAUUCCUCAUGACUGCUUGAUCGUCCUAGUCUCAAACAGCAAUACUGACAUUUACAAAGCCGAGUUCCGGAUGUUGGCAGACUUUUGCACUGACACACAACGAGAAGGCAUUGCUGUCCACCAGCAGGAUCCAGGCCUCGCGCGUGCUUUCUUGGACGCUGGCAUGCCACAGAUUGUUGAAAACACAUCUGAGUCACAGCGGCACAAUAACGCUAGACGAAUCCGUAACGGCAAAGGCGAAGCAAUGAUGAUCGGCACAGUCUUUGCGAAGCUCGCCGGGGCAGUUCACGAGUACUGCAAAGUGUAUGCCGCAGGACUACAUUACGCGCUACACAACACUGGCCCUGAGAACACAGAUACAGAUAGCCACCCGCAUGCUAUGGUCCGCAUCAAGUGGAAGUCAAAGCCCAAGAUUGUUGGUAACAAGCUUGUCCCACAGGAAUUCGGACGCUGCUCGCGAGUAGUGAACGAGUGGAUGAGUCGCCUGCUCAAUUCCAUCAUUGGCGAGUGUAUCGACCAAGACUUUAUACGAACGGCCAACGCGGGUGAGCACGCCAUGAGCGUCGACCUAGCCCUGCAGCUUUCCUUCGCAACGGGCUACGCAGUCGAGCCUUUCCAGCUCAUUGAUGUAUGGGAGCGAUCUGGUAUCUUCCCCCCUACGCCGCCUUCGGCACCCCCUCGGCUCGGGUUCGCGACCCCAGAGCCGGGAACACUUGGACCGAUGACACGAAAACUGAAGAUUCUGCAGAUCGAGACACUGAAUCCUCAUAUUCAUGACUUUGGUAAAGGUGCAGGGCACAUUCAGCGCAUGCAGGCCCAAGGGCUCGGGACAAUAUACCACUCGGGUUUGGCACCGCCAGCGUUCAAGGACGAAUUGAAAAAGCACAUGAGACAGGAAAUUUCCCCACAAAUCAUGGAAGGAGGAGUGCUGCAGCAAGCGCGUGCGUAUCCACCGAUGGGGCACAUGGAUUUUGUAAGCUUUGAGGAGGUGUUGAAGGCACAGGCCGGCACCCUGAAUAUGGUGGGUGGCUUCUAG